GCUACACAAUUAUCAUCACAAAUCACAAUAUUUGUUGAGAUGGCUUCCAAAGUGAUUGCUUCCAUAAGUUUAUGCUUAGUCCUGCUUCUUUUCAUUUCCUCGCAACUGCCCGCUGACUCCGUUAGCCUCACGCCUCAGGAUGGAGUUAAUGAUGCCAAAUACGGAGGUGGUGGUGGUGGCGGAGGUGGAGGCGGAGGCGGUGGCUAUGGAGGCGGAUACGGACACGGCUAUGGGGGCGGAUACGGACAUGGUGGUGGUGGGAACUGCCAUUAUGGUUGUUGUCGUUGCUGCACUUAUGCCGGUGAGAAGGCAUAUGCUCUACCCCAUGCAAAGCCAUAAUUAAAUAAGUCAUGCCAUAUAUAACUAUAUUUCUCUUUUGUUUUUUUUUUCUUUGUUUUCACUUUGUGUUCGAAUAUCAAAUCCACUUGUUCCGUAUGUAAUAUCGAAAGGGGCACUAGUUCCUUGUGUAAUAAUAAUAUCUAUAAUAAUACUCCAGAAUAACUUAAAAGUA